UUGAAGAAGAAGAAGAACACCAGAAUCCAACGUGAUCGGUGGUGGUAACUUGCUGAAGCAACCACACCGGUGGCGACUAUGAUAUCGGUGGUGAAAGUUGGUGAGGAUUCAGUGACAGUGGUUGGUGCGAGUCGAGCGUACACAUUCGGACGUGUGCACUCGUUCCCUUUGAUAUACGCGAAACUCGCUCGGGACUAACUCGUAACAGGAAAGAUAGAGGACAAUUCCUGACAAAAAUCAACGAAAAUAAAUAUAUAUAUAUAUAUAUCAUUUAUAUACGAGUCAAUAAAAAAAACCCGAAUAACAAUUAUCUCUCGCAUGUCUUCUUAUAUUGGCAUUGGUCGGGUGAGACGAGUCGAGAACGAAAAGGGGUAGUAGUGUUGUUGGGUGAAACGAAAUUAGAGGUGGUAGUGUUUUUACCUUCGGGUUUGACUUAUAUUUCUCCAGGGGGUAACGUAAGAAAAUAAAAGGAUAUGGAAAAUGAUAGAAAGUAAUAGAUAAACGAAAGAGAAGAUAAGAGGGUAAAAAGAAAAGAGAAGAGAAGGGAAGAAAGAAGGAAGGAAGGAAGAAAGAAAAGAAGGGAAGGAAGGAAGGAAGGAAGGAGAAAUAAAUAAGGGAUAGAUAGUGUAUAAAGAAGCAUCGAUAUAAAGGUUGAGGGUUGGCAAGGUGGUGCCGAGGGCGCAGGAUCGGCGGCCCACCGGGAAAGAGAAAAAGGAAAAAAAACAAAGGAAGAAAUGGGCCGGUCCGUUGUACUUACGUGAUAGGAGGUGUGCGAGCGCGCGCGCGCUCCCUCGCGCCUACCUACCCGCCUGUCCGUUUGCGCGCGCGCGCGCGCGCGCCCUUCCGUGUGAGUGUCCUUUCUCGGUCUCCCUCUCCCUUUCCUUUUCCCUUUCCCUUUCCCUUUCCCUUUGCCUCUGCCACUGCCUCGUCGUCCUCCCUUCCUCGACCAGAACCACCCUCCCCGCCUCGUUGUCAUCUAUGUGUGCUUUUCCACGGUAAGUGUGUGUGUAUAUGUGCGUGCGCGCGUGUCAACCCCUUGCGCGAACGUGUAUUACCGACGGUGGUUGUCGCGGUGCGCGACAGGGGAGGCUGGAAAGGGAGAGACGACAGCAAGGACAUUCUCUCGGUAAAUUUGCUAAAAAUAUCUCUCCUUUUAGUCACCGUCGUCAUCGUCAUCCCCGUCGUCGUCGUCGUCGUCGUCGUCGUCGUCGUCGUUGUUUGUUUAAUAAUCUACCAUCCUCCGAUCGCGCAAGAAAUCUUUGUCGCGCGUUGGAUCGUCGUCGCGAGAUGACGGUGACGAAGAACGUUGUCGUAGACGUUGCGAACGCGUUCAAGCGUUACGCUAUUAAAGUGCUGCUCUUUUUGUGCCUCGCUACUACAACAGCAACAUUGACCGGUGGUGCCUCGUGCAGAUGGUCCUCCGAUAGUGGGAACGACACACGCACCACUGCAGAUUGCACUCUGCGCGUUCUCGACCCAAAUGCUUUGACCAGCCUCGCUUCGUCCCUAGACGGUGCUAACAAAUUGAGAAUACGAUGCAGCGAGGUUCAUCAUUUCGAGAGCACAUUGAACGCUCAUAGCUGGCAAAGAUUGCCUUCUCUUCACGAGCUCCAUAUUCAUGCAUGCAAAGUAUUAAGGAUAUCAGGUGGUACUUUUCAAUCUCUCAUCGAGCUGAAGAAGUUGACUUUACAAACGUUCAAUGCCGAGUGGGGUGCUCAACGCGUCUUGGAACUCGCACCCGGUUCUUUGUCGGGUUUAAGAGAAUUACAUACUCUUGAAAUAGUCGAGAGCAAUGUGUUAUCGUUACCGGCAUAUUUACUCUGCGAUUUGGACAAUUUGCAGAGUUUAAAUCUUACGGGAAAUCGUAUUCGCGAUAUACUCGAUAUCGGUUUGACGCGUCGUCAAGAGGAUUCCGAAGAUGGCAACAAUAAUAGUAGCAGCAGCAGCAGCAGCAUUAGCAGCAGCAUCAGUAGUAACAGCAACAACAAUAUCAACGACGAAUCUUGUCGAGCGGACGUACGAAUUUUGGAUUUGUCGCGUAACGAGCUUACCAGAUUACCGAACAAUGGCCCGUUGGUCGGACUGCGACAAUUACAAGAGUUACACCUGCAACGUAACUCGAUCGCCGAAAUCGACAAUCGUGCGUUGAUCGGCCUUACCGUUCUGCGUAUCUUUAAUGCCAGUUACAAUUCCCUUGGUUCCCUUCCGGAGGGUCUAUUCGGAAGCACAAGGGAACUACGAGAGAUACACCUGGCGCAUAAUGGACUAGGCGACUUACCCAAGGGUAUAUUCACUCGGUUGGAAUGGCUGUUGGUUUUAAAUCUCGCUGGCAAUCGGCUCGACAGCAAUCAAAUCGAUGAAACGUCAUUUCUUGGCCUUAUACGAUUGAUCGUUCUCGAUCUUUCUUACAAUCUGUUAACCCGCAUCGACGCUCGCAUGUUCAAGGACCUUUUGUUUCUUCACAUACUCGAUUUACGUAACAAUUCGAUCGAUUACAUCGAGAGAAACGCCUUUUUACCGCUCUACAAUUUACAUACCCUCGAAUUAUCGGACAAUAAGCUUCGUACCGUUGGAGCACAACUACUCAAUGGAUUGUUCGUCCUAAAUCGUCUUACGUUAUCAGGAAAUUCGAUCGCCAGCGUUGAUCCAGUGGCAUUUCGCAAUUGUUCGGAUUUAAAGGAAUUGGAUUUGAGCGGUAACGGGCUUACCUCCGUCCCGGAAGCGAUACGAGACCUCGCUUAUUUAAAGACUCUCGAUCUUGGGGAAAAUCGUAUCGCAAGUUUUCACAAUGGGUCAUUUCGUAAUCUCCAUCAGCUUACAGGAUUACGUUUGAUCGGCAACGACAUCGGCAAUUUGUCUCGCGGGAUGCUUUGGGAUCUACCGAAUUUACAAAUUCUCAAUCUGGCCAGAAACAAAGUGCAACACAUCGACAUGCAUGCAUUCGAGCGUAAUAUUAAACUGGAAGCCAUUCGACUAGACGGCAACUUUUUAUCGGACAUAAACGGCAUAUUCACAAGUAUUACGAGUCUGCUACUUUUAAACUUAUCGGAAAACCACAUCGAGUGGUUUGAUUACGCGUUCAUACCGGGUAACCUAAAGUGGCUCGAUAUACAUGGUAACUUUAUCGAGAAACUUGACAACUAUUACAAACUUCGAAACUCUAAGGUGAAGACCCUCGAUGCCAGUCAUAACCGCAUAACCGAGCUAACGUCCCUGUCCGUGCCCGACAGCGUUGAGUUGCUCUUUAUAAACAACAAUUAUAUAAGCAUCGUCCAUCCUAACACGUUUACGGAAAAAGUUAAUUUAACUCGCGUCGAUAUGUACGCCAACAUGAUAGAAACUAUGGAACUGACCGCACUGUUAUUAACAAGAGUACCAGAAACCAAAGCAUUGCCGGAAUUCUAUAUCGGGGAUAAUCCAUUUUAUUGUAAUUGCUCGAUGGAUUGGUUACCUGCGAUCAACAAUCAAACCUCUUCGAGGGAGUAUCCGCGCGUAAUGGAUUUGGAUAACGUAAGAUGUCGAACUUCCGGGCCACGUGGUAUUGCCAUGAUACCAGCUUCAACGGCACGUUCCAACGAAUUCCUUUGCCGUUACGAGGCACACUGUUUUGCUCUUUGUCACUGUUGCGAUUACGAUGCCUGCGACUGCGAAAUGACCUGUCCGAACGGUUGCAAGUGUUACAACGAUCGUACAUGGAGUACAAAUGCCGUCGAUUGUUCUGGUCUCGGGGUCGAAGAGAUACCACGACGUAUACCGAUGGACGCGACAGAAGUCUACCUCGAUGGUAACGUGCUCCGUGAAUUACUGAAUCACGUUUUCAUCGGGCGUAAAAAUAUGCGCGUUCUUUACGUGAACGGUAGCGGUAUCGAAUCGAUUCAAAACCGUACGUUCAACGGUUUGAACAAUCUGCAGAUACUUCAUCUCGAGGACAAUCGUAUACGCGAACUUAAAGGCUUCGAAUUCGAACGUUUGUCCCAUUUGCGCGAACUUUACUUGCAAAACAAUCAAAUCGGUUUUAUUGGUAAUCUGACGUUCCUGCCGUUGCGUUCGCUCGAGAUAUUACGUCUUAGCGGAAAUCGACUCGUUACAUUUCCGGUUUGGCAAGUCACCCUUAACGCACGUCUAGUCGAAUUAUCAUUGGGUAAUAAUCCUUGGUCAUGUCGUUGCAAGUUUCUCCAAGAACUGUCCUCCUGGGUAUCCGAUAACGCGCACAAAGUCGUCGACACGAACGACGUCUGGUGCUAUUACAGUGGUGGUGAUAACAAACCGUCUUAUCGACGUCGGUUAAAUGUCAACGAGACCGCAUGUUCGGAUUAUUAUGCACAGGGCGGCGGAAUGGUGGACUUUGCGCAGGAUUAUUUAACUCUUGUAGCCGCAACGUUGUCGGCCUUGCUGGUGCUUCUCAUAGUCGUUGUGUUAGCUUUCGUAUUUCGUGGGCCCGUUUGUGCAUGGGCUUACUCCAAAUACGGAUUACGUUUUCAACGUACGAAACCUGCCAAAACUGGUGCGGCCGGUAGUGCGACAAUGGUCUCGACCGCUGGCAUAACGUCCUGUUACGACAUUAAUCGCGAACGUUUGUACGAUUGUUACGUUUCAUACAGCCCCAAUGACGAGGACUUUAUACUUCAUUCGUUGGCAGCCGAACUCGAGCACGGACCCUCGUCAUUAAGAUUAUGCCUUCAUCAUCGUGAUUUGCCGUGCAUGUUGCGUACCUCGACACCGGGCCCGACCAUCCUCGAUGCAGUUGAUGCAUCCCGUCGUACAUUGAUCGUCCUUACGCGGAACUUUCUUCAAACUGAGUGGUCGCGUUUCGAAUUAAGAGCGGCCUUUCACGAGGCAUUGCGUGGGAGAGCGAAUCAGCUGAUCGUUGUUCAAGCUGCCAAUUUAAAUUUCGAACUCGACAGGGAUCCAGAAUUGCGACCGUAUCUGCGUAACGCUGCCCUGAUAUUAACGUGGGGUGAAAAAAGGUUUUGGGAACGUCUGAAAUACGCGAUACCACCGGCACCACCAUCAACGGCACCACCACCUCCUACCGGUACGCGUAAUACCGCGAGUACCGCGACACCCGGCUGUGGUGGUGGCGGUGAUGUUGCCAUCGAAAACAAAUCCUUGCCACUGGUAUUUAAACGUAAUAUCAAUAGCUACGCGAUGGACAGGGACAGCAUUGGUAGUAGGAAAUCAAACAACCCUCCUCAUCCUCCUCCUCCUCCUCUUUCGACGACGACGACGACGACGACGACGUUUAGAUCACAGCGUACAUUUUUUAAGGACACUACUAACACCGGUGGUUCCUCCGCGUUGAUGUUGCAACACGCUCCGCCUGCUUAUUCCUGCGGUACCGUUUCCUCUCACCAUCAACAACCUCCUCCACCAUCCUCGCCGCAACCUCGGCUGACCGUCAAUCACGUUUAUCGUGAUGCGGUCACCGUGCCAGCUGGCAGUCUCGUUCCUCCUACCAAUUCUAUCCUCGCUACCGAGGAUCACACGAGACCCUUGUCCGAGCAUAUAUAUUCGUCCAUUGAUUCCGAUUAUUCGACGCUCGAGAGAUCCACUUGGAGGCAACACCAACCACCCUCUUCCCCACCCCCGCCACCCUCCUCCGGUCAAGCAUACCUCGUUUAGUCUUCUCUCGCUAGUUUUACCUCGUGAUUACCUCGACCCUCCCUCCUCCUCCCUCCUCCUCCUUCUAAAGGCUAUACACUAUUAUUUAUCCUUUCUCUGUCUUUCACUUAUUCAUCCCCUACUCUACUCUACUCUACUCACCCAACCCCCCUUCUCCUUUCUAUUCGACAGAUACAAAGCGAGAAACGACGAACUACGCCUACCUUUUAUCAACUACACCUACUCUACAUUCAGGAAAGAGGAGGGAUUGUUAACGUACGCGUCCGUUUGAUCGUCGAUAUCUAAAGUACCGGACAAUCGAGAAAAUGGAUAGAAGGGAAAGGUAUAGAGAAGAAGAAAAAAAGAGAGAUAAAAAGGGGAGAGAAAUACAAAUACCACCUCUCGUCGGGGCCCCCCACAUACACAGACACAUACACAUUCCUAAUACAAUUUCGUGAUAAAUCACGUCUCCAACACACACCGCCACUGCCAAUGUUUCUCGUUAACCCUUGUUUUCCGAACUAAAUAUUCCACCCCCCAAAAAAUAAUCCUAUCAAAGUUUCAAACUAUUUUUUUAAACGUUAGAGAUAUAUAUAUAUAUAAUUAAUGUUUCGGAUAAAGUAAUAGAUUAAUUUUCUUACGUUAGAAAAAUUUGAUUCACAAAAUAUGGGGUUUUUCCAGUAGUACUCCACCUGUUCCUUUUUAUUUUUGUUUGUUUGUUACUUACUUUAUUUCAAACGUGGUACACACACACAUACACACAUUUGAUUUUUUAUUUUGUAUCCUCCAUCAUUCUGAAAGCCGUUGGUUUAUCGGUCUUUCCUCCUCCUUCUCUCUCCUCCCCCCCUCUCUCUCUCUCUCUCUCUCUCUCACUCUCUCCCUUUCUCUCUUUUUCUCGAUCAGAAAAGGGCAAUAAAAGGCGUUUAGUUGGGCAUCAGUACGUUUCUCGUCGUCGGAUCGCAUAAAUCCUCAUCUUAAAAAUCGUCUCUCUCUCUCGCUGGCGAGUAUUUUUUUUCUUUUUUUUUUUCCCCCCUCAUUCCCUUUUUUUUAUUUUAUUUUAUUUUGUUCUUUUUUUUUUUGGAUUUCUAGCCCCGCGUACGUGUAAAUAUUUACUUUACGAGUAUGACGUGUAAAUAGCUUUGCGCUGUUGCGUAUCGGCGGGUGGUUGUAUCCUUGUAUAUAUGUACGUGUAUAUGGAUGACCUCGCACGUACGCGUGUACGUUUAUGUAUAUACAUGCAUACGUGCAAAAUAUAUAAAUGUGUAUAUUUAAAUAUACAUUUUAUUAUAUAUAUGUAUCUGUAUAUAUAUAUAUAUAUAUAUAUAUGUAUGCACAGAGUAGUUCAAUAGUCACUACGAGACAUAUUUGAUUUUUUUUUUUUAAAUAUAAUCAUCUUUUUUUUUUUCUCUCAUUAAUUUUGUUCAUCCUGUCAAGAACAAAAUGGCGACCAUUUGUAUGAAACACAAUAUAGAAAAUUAAUUCAAAAUCAUUUUCUAAAAAAAGAUAUAUUUGUUGUUUACG